GGACACCAAGACAUCCGGACCCAGACAGUCCGGUUUGCUGUGUCAGUGUCCGGUUGUCGGGAAACACACACACACACACACACACACACACACGCACACACACACGCACCCACAGAUGUGUAUAAGAGACAGGCGUGAGGGGGAGGAGGAGGAGGAGGAGGAGGAGGAGGAGGAGGAGGAAGAGGAGGAGGAGGAGGAAUGGGGGAGUGGGCAAGGGAAGAGGAGGAGAAGGGGCACAAGAAGGAGAGGUAGGAUUGGCAAAAUGACACAGUGGGGGCAGAGAAGUUUCGGAGAGCGUAUGAGGAAUCUGUGGGUGGCUGGUAGUGGGGAGGAUGAAUCACUGGACGAUUUGGCUUUCAUCAGUGCACAGUCUACUUGGAGCAGAAGCUGUUUGAAACACAGCUCUGCAGAAGAGGUAGGAUGGGAAGAAAGGACUGGGCUGCAGUGGGCAGCGGGUUGGGAUGGUGGGUUCAGACAGUGGCAGAUGGAAGCCAAGCCACGGAGAGAGAUGGGAGGGAAAGCUGAAAAAAUCUCACGUGAUGCUUCAGUUGAACCUUCUCCUCAUGAUGGGAGUAAGAAUGAAGCGGAAGAUAAUGAAGAAGAGGAACUAUGGGGAAUGACUGAGAACUGGCCGCCACGGGAGGAUGUCAAAGGGGCUCUAGGAUAUGGAGGACCAUUGGUUAAGGGAGGGGAUUGGGAGAGAGAGGAGAGAGAGGAGAGUGAGGAGAGAGAGGAGAGAGAGGAGAGAGAGGAGAGAGAGGAGACAGAGGAGAGAGGGAAGAAGAGGAAAUCGAUGAUGCACAGCUUUAUUAGCAUUGGCAGUAGGGAUGAGGAUGGGCAAGAAAGGCAGGAGAGUGGAGAUUCAGCUGUAGCAGUCGUAUCAGGGACCGUCAGCUGGCGAAGCGAGCACACACGCAUAGGGAAGGGGAUGACCGUUCAACGAUGGGCAUUGAAGGGGAAUGAAGAAAAUGGAGAGAAAGAAGACGAGAGGGGAAUAAAUGUGGCGGCCGCUGCGGGUGGUCUAGAUAUAUGCAGAAGUGCGGCAGCGGAGAGAAAGCCGGUGGGAGGUGGUUCUGGGAGAAGCAGUUGUUAUUGCCAAAGCUAUUCUGACAGCAGUCAGCUCUUGACAGAGGAUCGGACAACUGUGUCAUUUCCGGUGGACCGUUCUCCUUCAUCUUGUAACACCAAGCACGGUUGGAAGGCAUAUCUGCCUGUGCGUUCGGAGAAUGACAAUGUCAGCCAUGCACGUUGUUCUGAGGAGCUAAUAUCCGAAAAAGAGAAAGAGCUCACGAUAAUAGCAACAAGUACUAGCUCAACCUGUCAUAGUCCCCAUUCAAGGGCUUUGACAGAUAUAGAGCCCAGUAGUCAGGAGAAGCACUGGACUCGUUGGAACUACUUGGCAGAAGGAGAAUACCAAUCUCCGCGACGAGUGCGAACGUUGGCCAAUUCUUACGAAGAAGGGGUGAGAGAACAAGAGAGGGGAAUAGAUGUGGGUGCAGGUGGUGGUCUACGGAAAUGUAGAGCAACGGCAAAGAAGGAUGCUCUCUUCAGACGAACAUUGAAUGAGAAAGGAAUCUUGAAGAGCGAAGGUAUUCCUAGGGAAAUGAGAAGAUGGGACCCCCCCAGGGCAAUGGAAGUGAGAAAACGGGCGUCGUUGAUGGUAAAGAGAGGAGGGAUGGGGGCAGUAGAGAGGAUUGCAUCCAUGGUCGCUGGGUUCUCAGCAAAAGGAGGAGGAGACAUGGGUGACCAGGCUGCCAUGGGGCGUAGUAAAAAGCUGCCAGAUCAACAGGAGGCAGUUAAAAUUGACAGAGGAUGUAGAGCAGGAGGAGGAGGAGGAGGGAGAGGAGGAGGGGGAGGAGGAGGAGGGGGAGGAAUGCGUAGAGAAGAAGGAGAUGAGGACGAAUGGGGAUCCCAACCAUAUUCGAUGACCAUGGAGCGUAGUGAAAAGCUGCCUGAUCAACAGGAGGCAGUCAAAGUUGACAAAGGAUGUGGAGGAGGAGGAGGACAAGGAGUGCGUCGAAAGGAAGGAGAGAAGGGAGAAUGGAGCACCCAACCAUAUUCUACAUUUCAGGCGGAAACAUGGAAUAGGACAAAAAGGCACUAUCAGGUCCCUUCAUGUGCAAAGCUUGGAGCUGAGGUCACUCAUUGUGAACCGCCACCAAGGUGGAUGUGUGCAACAAGUCGCAUGCCUGUCGCUAGUCCUAGUGCAUAUGAGGAUGCCAACAUGCCAAUUUGUCGAACAGGAGGUCAGGUGAUCAAGUCCAAGGACCAGUGUAGGAUGCACAACGUGCAGACCUCGGAACAAGGAGUUGAAGACACUGAUCAUGUAGAUGGAGGCAUGGGCAGCAGAUUUGGAAAGUCUGGCGGCUGUGGACGUGCCAACGUCAAGGGGCAAAUGGGCAAAGGGGCAUGGUGGGUCCCCUUUGGCACAGGGAGGAAGCUUGAAGUUCAGUCAAAGGGAAAAGGGGCAAAUGGGGUGUCUAAUGGGGUAUACUCAAUCGAGAAAAAGAAAGCUGGAAAGAGGGUGCCACACGGAGGGGUUGAACGAACAAGUGUGACGAAUGACAGGCGCAAGGCCAGGGUAAUAAGCUCAUCGGAGUCGGGGCGAAGAGAACUGGUAGGAGGGUGGGUAGGAUGGGUAAUGCUGGGGAAAGGAAACCCGGUCUGGGUACGAAAAACAGGUACGAUCAGAUCGCAUAACAGACUAAGUCCCGUGGUAGGGGCACCAGCUACCAUUGAUUGUGAAGGCUUACUGGAGGGGGGAUUCAAAUUGGACCCUGAGGCUACGAUCAGAAGGGACGUGGGAGCAAGAGCAGGGCGCCGACCUAUGGAGAUCAGUACGUGGGUGGAAGCAAAGGGUGGGUGCAAGUGGGACGUGUGUUGGCGAAGUGCAGCGGAUGGGCUUGAGGCUGGAAAUCCGAUGGAAGAGAGAAGACGACAACAUGAUGAACAUCAUGGACGCAAUGAUGAGGGGAAUGGACUUUGCAGCCCUCGAUGCGAACUUCCCAAGGUCCCUGCUUCAUGGCUAGAUGGCCAAGGGGGAUUAGCCCUUUCCCCCCUGCAACACAACUUGAAGGUACAAAACAAUGGAGAUGAUGUUCGCCUUAACAUACCACUCGGAGAAUCUGGUCAAUCUGCGAACACUGGUGUGGAUGACUCAGUGCUGACACAGCCUGCAGAUUCCAGUGCGCAUUCCAACAACGAAGAGGUAGAAAUAGGCAGCUACAGGGUUAAAGGGGGUGAAGGCACAAGAUGUUUGGAGAGAGGGGAGCAUAAUGAAUUGAACCCGGGGUCCUCUGAUGUACGCUGGAGGCAGAGUGAGGCUAACAAGGAGCCCAAGGAGGUAUUAUUUGGAUAUCAAAGAUAUCGGUGCAGAAACGCACUCAUCGACAGGUGCUUCAAGUGCGAAGAUUCCGAAGAGGUACACAGAAGGAAUGGUCGUUUUCAAUCCAACGACUUACAGUUGGGCGGUAAUUGCGCCGGGACAGGACUCAUCGCAGGUCAUCAAGGAACAGCAUGGUGCUCGGUUCCCAGGAGCAAUGGUCCCACUGGGAAAGUUAGCAGCAGAGGGACAGAAGCGCUUCAGCACAGUCCAGGUCAGCUGAAGCUUCAUCCACAGCUCAGCAGAGCAUCAAUGUCGGUAUGGUCCAUUGCUGAUGAUGUUGACCUGGGAUGUAAUGCUGCCAAUCAGGCAGAAGAACCUGUACAACCGCAAUGGCUAGGUUCACACAGCCGAGUGCCCAGGGCAGUGGCCAUGCAGAGAGCAGAAAGAGGCUGCAAAUCACCAAAAAUAAAGCAGUCGUCCAGUGCAAGGCACGUGCGAGGCAAGUGCGAGCCAACAACAGGAGAGGGAGGAGGAGUUCAAGUUGCUCAUAUUCACCAGGGACGAAGAGAUCGGCUCCUAGCUAAGAUCGAAGGGUGGGAAAAAGAACCCGGACAUGAACAUUUAUGGAUGAAACAAAGAGAAAACGCAGAGAAAGUUCUGCAACAAGAACGGCAGUUGUUUGACGGGAUAUUGCUCGAGAAUGGUGUCGGCGAUGAGACCGAUCGACUUUCGUGUAGUACUCGCAAAGUAAGGGAGAUGAAGAAUGGUACUGUCAACUGUUUCACAUCAGAGGGGAACACUUAUAAAGGGGAAGGCGAUAGUGUCCUAAAGACAGAAGUUCUAAAUCAGCGUAGCAAGCACUCCAGUCUUCAGAUAGUGCAAAGCAACUUGGAGAUAAUGAAGAGCAUGUUAAAGGAGCUGACUGGUAAUACCUCCUUGUCGAUACCCAAUGGGCUAAACAAACCCCUCUGUCAAGGAGGAGGAGCUGAGGAGGAGGAGGAGGAGGACGUGGAGCAGGAGCAGGAGCAGGAGGAGGAAGAGGAGCAUGAGGAGGAAGAAAGCAACGACAACGAAGUCGAGGAGGAUGGGGACUGCUUAUCUGCAGGGGAGGGCAAGGAGGGGAACUCCAUGUCUGAAGACUGUGUACACAGGGUUGAAGUUGGAGCUGAACGGCGAAGAUCAGAAAUUGUUACUUGUUCGACUGCGGGCCCAAUGAAACCAAGAUGCCUUGUGGGCCCAAUGAAACCACGAUGCCUUGUGGAAAGGAAGGGGGAAGGCAACCCACUGAAAGAAGAGCAAGCAGAACUUGACUCUGAUGGAUUGAGUGAAACAAAGAAGUGGUGUUGGUUUGUUGAUCUUCCGGAGACUAUGGACAGACUAGAGGUAGAAGAAGUGGAAGCUCUGUUAGAGGGAACGGAAGAGGAGGAGGAGGAGGAGGAAGAGGAGGAAGAGGAGGAAGAGGAGGAAGAGGAGGAGGAGAAAGAGGAGGAGGAGAAAGGGGCGGAGGAGGAGGAGGAGGAGAAAGAGGAGGAAGAGGAGGAAGAGGAGGAAGAGGAGGAGGAGGAGGAGAAAGUGUAGAAAGAGGAGGAGAAAAGGGGGGGGAGGAGGAGGAGAAAGAGGAGGAGAA